UGUCGUUUCGCGUCAAGGAAGAAAGGCAGAGUCUAGUCUCUGUAGAAAUACGCAUUACGGUGAUGGUCUUGCUCUGUUUUCAUCUUCCUACCUAAGGAACUUCUCUCGCUCACUAAACCACCGCCACGGCGCACGAUAGCGGGCGCAGUUCCUUUCAUGUCUCCUCUAUAUAUUUAAGCUUGCUUCAAAAUCAACUUUUUCUUUUUGUUCUUUCUCGGGAAAGUUCUUUGUAUGAAAAGAAAGAGAAGAAGAAAAAUAUUUCAUUAUCUUUCAGAUCCUCUCAUUGUUAGCUGGAUCUUCCGAACGUAAUCGAGCUUUACACCAACAAUUCAUUGGAUGCUGAAGCCUCUUCGCACGGCUUGUGGCAUUUUCGGCAUGUGGGGAAGACAGCGUGAGACAAAUUCGAUGUACAAGCGUCUGUCGUCAAGAGAUUAUGCAAACAUAGUUGAUGUAGAAGAUAAUUCUGCCCUUGUACAGAAGGAUCAGGAUCCAGAAGCUACAAAUCCUCCAUGGAGGCUUUCUUUUCCACAUGUACUGGUGGCAACCAUUUCAUCCUUCUUAUUUGGCUACCAUCUUGGUGUGGUAAAUGAACCACUUGAAAGCAUUUCAUUGGAUCUAGGAUUCAAUGGAAAUACCUUGGCAGAAGGCCUGGUUGUUAGCACAUGUCUGGGCGGUGCCUUAGUUGGAUCCCUAUUUAGUGGAUGGAUUGCUGAUGGGGUCGGCCGCUGUCGGGCUUUUCAGUUGUGCGCUUUGCCCAUGGUUAUUGGUGCUUCUAUAAGUGCAACAGCGACAACUUUGGCUGGUAUGCUUUUUGGAAGGUUUUUAGUUGGGAUAGGAAUUGGUGUUGGCCCCCCUGUUGCAUCUCUUUAUGUGACAGAGGUUUCUCCUGCUUUUGUAAGGGGCACUUAUGGAAGCUUCAUCCAGAUUGCAACCUGUCUUGGACUUAUGGGGGCUCUGUUUAUUGGAAUCCCUGUCAGAGAAAUUUCAGGCUGGUGGCGCAUCUGUUUCUGGGUGUCUGCAAUUCCUGCUGGAAUACUUGCUCUUGCCAUGGGGUUCUGUGCAGAGAGUCCACAUUGGCUAUACAAGCAAGGAAGAAGUGCUGAAGCAGAAAUUGAAUUUGAGAAACUUUUAGGUGGAGCACAUGUCAAAUUUGCAAUGCAAGAGUUAUCCAAAUUAGAUAGAGGGGAUGACACAGACACUAUGAAGCUCUCUGAAUUGUUUUAUGGUCGCUAUUUUAGAGUUGUUUUUAUUGGAUCAACCCUAUUUGCUUUACAACAGCUAUCUGGUAUAAAUGCUGUGUUUUAUUUCUCUUCAACUGUGUUUAAAAGUGCUGGAGUACCAUCAGACCAAGCAAACGUCUUUGUCGGAAUUGCAAAUCUAUCAGGAUCUAUUGCUGCAAUGUUGUUGAUGGAUAAACUAGGAAGGAAGGUGUUGCUUCUGUGGAGCUUCUUUGGAAUGGCAGUAUCCAUGGGCUUUCAAGUUGCUGGAGCAAGUUCUUACAUUUUAGGAUCUGAAGCUUUAUACCUGUCUGUUGGUGGCAUGCUUAUGUUUGUCUUCACAUUUGCUUUAGGAGCUGGUCCAGUUCCAGGUCUCCUUCUGCCAGAGAUAUUCCCCAGUCGAAUCAGGGCAAAAGCUAUGGCAAUCUGUAUGUCAGUGCACUGGGUGAUCAAUUUCUUUGUGGGCUUGCUAUUUUUGCAUUUGCUGGAGCAACUCGGACCACAGCUCUUGUACACUAUAUUUGCCACAUUUUGCAUGAUUGCAGUGGUUUUUGUGAAAAGGAAUGUUAUGGAAACGAAAGGAAAAUCACUUCAAGAGAUCGAGAUAGCUCUUCUCCCCCCAGAAUAGUGAUUUCAUCUCUUGAACAUGUCCCUCGGUGGAUUAUACACCAGUAGAGCGAAAUUUAGCUGGUGUAGCAUAAGCUUAAGCAUCAGUCUUCUCAUAUUGCGGAAAGCGUCCAUGUGCAGACCAUCCCAGGGGAAGAAACUGGCUAGAGUAGCUUUAAGUAUCAAUCUCAAUUGCCGAACAUCUUUAUGUGUUGGGGAAUCAGAAAUUAGAGUCAGAAUGUUAUAAUGAUUUGUUUAUGAUAAACUAUGUUGAGCAGGCGAGUGCUUCUUAUAGAGAUCUACUCGAAGGGCUUUCACUCGUGUAGGCAGCUACAUAGAACUUGGGUUUAGGUUGUGUACCCACAACUAAUGUGCCCCCUUAAAAUUAUCCGCGUACCAUGGAGUUCUUAAUUUUCUUUUA